AGAAGAAGAAGAAGAAGAAGAAGAAGGUGCUCGUUUAUGCUACCCUGAUGCUGAUGUUACAGUUUACAGUCUGUGUCUAGUAUAAUGGGGACAGACAGUAAAGUGGUCUGUGGUGAGUUGAGAACAGUCCCUCUCUCAGAGGUGGACUUCCCCGGUCAGCCGUACUCCGUGUCCGUCCUUAAAGCCGGAUACUGUCUCCCUCAGAGCGACGGGACGUUCAAAGCUAAUGGUACCAUCACCCUCAUAACGGGACCCAGGACUAUCCUGGUGGAUACCGGCGGGCCGUGGGACCGGGAGUUCCUCCUAACGACGCUGAAGAAGAGGAGCCUGGAACCGGGGGACAUUGACGUGGUCGUGGGGACUCACGGACACUCGGACCACAUCGGGAAUCUGAGUCUUUUCCCCACAGCGGUGAUGAUUGUUGGACAUGACAUCAGUGAAGGGCACUCGUACCGCCCCAACAAGCUGGCAGAGGGGCACGCGCACUCUAUUGACGAACACGUGUCCGUCGUCCCCAGUCCGGGCCACACGGGACAAGACGUCAGCGUCCAGGUGUUGGGAACCUCAGCGGGCACAGUGCUUGUUGCCGGGGACUUAUUUGAGUGCUGCUCAGAUGAGGACAGCUGGCGGGAUGUGAGCAUGGACACUGCAGUGCAGGAGGUCAGCCGCCAGGAGGCGCUCCGCACCGCUGAUGUCAUCAUACCGGGACAUGGACUCCCUUUCAGAGUCCUCAGGAACUGAUGAACCCUUUUAUAUCUAGUGAUCAUAUUCUAAAUAUUACAAUACAGUGUACAGAGAAAUCUAUUGUUCAUUGUAUCACUUUGAAAAGUGAGCAUGUUAACACCUUGUUCUUAUACAUGAGACAAUAAGUACUUUUCCAGUUAUUUGAGAAGUCUUCAUAGCUUUAUUUGUUCGUUUCUAUCUCAGAAACAGAGUCAAGUCACUCCGGCCUUAUUGGUGUGAUACUUGCUGACAAAACAAAGAAGCUUGAGGGCGAGGGCUUUGUGAGCCCGUAUUAACAUUCAGGCGAUGAUGACAUGAUUAGAUAGAUUGGUGGUGUUUCAGAUACAUGAGAACGUAUCUGAAGUAAGUUGGCCAGAGGCUCUGAUAGCAAGAUACCAUUUGACAGAUAACAUAAUUAUUAACUUCAGAGAGUUGGAAGACAAUCUCCCCAACACAACGAGAUGAAACAUUGUUCUUAGAGAGCUGCCGUUUCUGUUAACUUCUCAGAGGCGAACACUCCUCAUUUCUUUUCUUAAUUGAUUUUUAUAUAUAGAAAAGAUGAUGAUAUAGUGACAAAGCUCCAAAACUUGUGGCGAGAUAUCAUUUCCCCUACUCAUAAGAUAUAAGUGAAAUAACAUAAAACUUUAUUAGUCUUGAAGGAAAUUAUUGUGCCGGAGAAUGAUCAAAGAUUACAACAGAAGAAUAAGAAAAAUCUAUAAAGUAUAAUGUAAAUAUAUCAAUAAAUAUAUAUGAACAAUAGAGUAAUUAGUAUUUCUGCUUUCACAAAAUUCUCCUUUUAUCAUAAAGUUAUGAAUGGUUAUGUGUCUACAGUGAUACAAUUGUUGUUAUAAAUCAAUAAGAUGUUAUGUAAUGUAAUCUAUUCCCUUCAGCGGUAACACUACGUAAAGAUCACUUCUAGUUCAGAGUAAACCAUGAGUCUGCUCCAUUAGACCCAGCCCUCGUACUGAUGUGACUUACAGCCCUUUUCCACCAGAUUGAGUGCGUAUUUGCAGCUUAAUUCAACAUGGGAAAACUUGACAAAAAUAAACAAUUUUAGUGUUGUUUAAAACCAAAAAAAUUAAAGAUUUAAAACUCUAAAACUAGAGUUGGUGACUGUUGGAACAGAGGAGAGACUAAGAAAGACGGUUUCAUUUCGUGUUUCUGGAGUUUGAAUGAACGAAAAGACGAGUGUGUUCACCCGGGUGUCAUGUUUCCAUCACUGGAGAUCAUAAAUACCUGUGACGUUUGGAACCUUUCCCGCUGAAGACAAAAGCCAGAUGUUUGUGGCUUUGUUGUCCAGUAGGAAAGGGGCCUCACACACACACAUGCUGCCAGUAGAAUGUCAAACGACUUUAUCUCUCACACACCCACACACAGUUCAGUAUACCUUUGCACUGCUGAUCAGUGGGUUGAGUCACAGGACCAGAGUGCUAUCUCUCACGCAACGUCGACACGCGGCUUGAGGGGAGACACUGCAGGUAAAAGCAGAUGUUCAUUCAUUCAUGCACCGGUCAGGUUACAGACUUUGGGCUGUUUUCUUUCCAUAACUUGUGGAAAGAAAACAUCCAAAAUACACAUUUCUCCUGAAUUCCCCAAAAGUUAGCAUUCGAUAAUGCCACAUUUAAACAUAACAUUUUAGAAAACUUGAUAUACAAAAAAAACCAAUUGUCUUAAUAUAAGUAAUUCACUGGGGAAGUUUCACGUAGCUGCUCAUUUUCAAAGAGAGGGAUCUCCCCAUGAAUUUUCCUGUUCUUCCUCCCACAUGCUUAUCAUGACACAAAUGCUCUAUCACCUGAGUGAGUAUGAUGCUGUCGUCAUGCCAAGUGUGUGUCAGAAUACCAUCAGAGUGAUGGUACCAGGCACAGACGGGAGGGAUUUAUACGACAUCACCAUAAAGCGCAGAUGAACUCCGUGACGCCACAUGGUUCUGCUUCUCCAAUAAACGCCCAUAAACCUCCACCGUCACACCGUCCUGUGAUCUGUUGUUCGGCGGUCAUUUGGCUCAACGCUGCGUCGGAUGAAGCGGAACUUUUAGAGAGACAUGAUUUCUAUGUUACUUAAGCACAGUCUGGAGGCUCAACAUGCUCUGUAGUUCACAUUGGGAGGUCCAGGGUUGUAAUGUUUAUGAAUAUUCAUCUUUAUCCAUGAUUAGUUUAACAUUAAUCACCAUUAGACCUUCGAGAAGUUGAUAACCAACAGUGAGGUUGUUAACGUUAGUCUCAACUCCAGGGUCAGUUGAUUAUUAACUUGUUUACUCUUUUAUUUUGUGAAAAAAAGGUUUGCUCAUUACCUUGGAAAUAUGAAUAAAAUACUGUUGACUUAAGGUCUGCUUACUAGUUUUGCAGAGUUUUCAACUGCAUGACAUGGUCUUCAUCAGUGGAGUUGUGGUGGAGAUGGGUUAAGUUUCCAUCGCCCCUCCCAACCAAAGAAGCUUUAGGGCGGGG